AUGAAAGUAUUCAAAAGUUUAACCCUUUUCUUCGUCGCCUCGGGUUCUGCAGUUUCUCGAGAAGAAACUCGAUCAUGGUCCUGUAUGUUUGACUGUGUCGGUGCACUUUUCCGGGGAGAUGUUUACUGUUCGUAUACCUGGGAGUUUGAGAGCGAAGACUACUACAGAUGCUUGGAGCCCUACAAAGAGGAGUUUGAUAGCUGCAUUCAAGUUGACGGCUGCCUGACGCUCGGUCCAUGCUGGGAAAAAUGCGUCCCUCCGGCUCUUGAAGGCUCGUCUGACUGUGAAGAUGGUUACGAAAAUGGAGAUCUUAACGAACGCGAGUUCCUUAGAUGCCUAGUCGAUUUAUCGAUGGAUGCAGCAAAAUGCUUGAGCGAUUGUGACCCUUCAAAUCCUUAA